GUUUUCGUGUAAAAUGGCUAUAUCAUGACAAAUGAAUUUUUGCAACAAUUUGGAGUUUUUCUUUUCCUCUAUUACACGUCUCUCGGUUCGGUGGCACAGGUAUUUUUUGCGUCUUCAAAUAGCGCGAGCAUCGAAGAUCUGGGUCCUCCAGUUUUCUCGAUCAAAUUGCCAAAACCUCUCCAACUUCAUCUCGAUUCCGUUUUCAGGCAUCAUGGGGAAUAGAGUUGGAUUUAUAUUCCUUUUCGCCUUGGGGCUGAUCUGGGCUUGUGAUGCCAGACAAAUGUUUGCUUCCGAGGCAUCUGGAGAGUCUCGUGGCGAUGACAUCUGUGGGCUGUGCGGUAAGUAUGUUACUCCGGCAUUUGAAUACCUCGAAGACAAGGAUACUCAGACUGCAAUCGUUGAAGCCCUUCACACAACCUGCUCGAUGAUCCCUCCUUUUAAGAACCAGUGUCUUUCAAUGGUUGAUGAUUACACUGAACAUUUUUUCAUAAAGCUCUCGCAAAUCCAACCAGAUGAAAUCUGUAGAAAGCUUGACCUUUGUGAAGCAGUGGCUGCCUUUGCUUCAGAAGCCCGUCAAGGAAACUGCGAGGCAUGCCAUGAUACUGUUUCGGAAGUUGUCGCCAAACUGAAAGAUCCGGAGACAAAGCUAAAGAUAAUUCGUCUACUUCUGAAGGAAUGCAAGUCCUUGGACAACUACCAGGACAAGUGCAAGAAGAUGGUGUUUGAGUACGGGCCUCUGAUACUUGCGGAUGUGCAGAAGUAUCUGGAGAAGACUGACCUCUGUGCUCUCCUUCAUGUAUGCCCUCCUCCCUCUGUUUCACACCCUCUCCUGUCUCUGCCUCUAGCAGAUUCGUAGUCAUAAUGACCCAUGCCUUCUUCAUCUUCGUCAUCGUGCUUGGUAUAUAUCUGUCGUCAGACCUUUGUAUUGCGUUUGUGGCUAUACUCGUGUGUGUAUGUAUGUACAUGAUCCCAUUUGAAUUGUCUAUUUCCUCUUAUUAUGCAUUUGACUCGCCUGAAGUUUUUCAGCAGUAAUAUUGUAUCUUUUAAUUCUA